ACAGACUCUGCUUGACUGAGAGGACGCUGCCUUCACACCAAGCCAGAACAACAGCGGCACAUUCACUCCAGGGCUCAGAGAUUAACAGACAGGGGACACCAUGGAAGCCCCUCUCGUGUGUUUGGACGAGGAGUUUGACGACCUCCGGCCAUGCCGCAUGGAUGAGCUAGACCAUCCAGCGCUCAACCACUCCUCCUACUCCACCACCACCACCGUUCCCCUUGCCUCCAUCACGCGCGAGGACUUCUCCGAGCUGGAGAAUUUCUCUGAAAUGAUGAGCUUCAAGUCGAUGGAGGACCUGGUCAACGAGUUUGACGAGAAGCUCAAUGUCUGCUUCCACAAUUACAACACCAAGACGGAGGGCUUGGCGCCCAUACGCAACCAGUCACACAACCAGGAGGAUGAGGAGAGGCUGCAGGACGAAGAUGUGUGGGAUGCUCUAACUGAUAACUACAUCUCCACCUGGGACGGCCCCGCCUCCGAGGGACUCAACGGCAAUCUUUCUGACCAGGAGAUCCAUGAAAAAGAGGAGGAGAUGAAUGAGAAGAAUGACAAUGCCAACUGCCUGAACGAAGAGCCUCUUAUCACAGCCGAUCAGGUCAUUGAGGAGAUAGUCGAGAUGAUGGAGAACUCUCCGGAUCCUGGUGAAACUGAGGAAGAGGAUGAAGAGGAGAGCAGUCACUGCUCCUCAAGGACCAACCCCUCCCUGCUGGAGGAGAUCAGGCAGCUGUCACAGGCCUCCAACAACAACUGCUCCUACGAAGGCCUGAGCCUGAUGCCCAGCUCAGCGCUAGUUGAACUGCUGCAUCGGGUGGAGGCCGCCAUCCGCGAGUACUCAGAGGAGCUGGUCAGCCAGCUGGCUCGGCGUGAAGAGCUGGAAUUUGAGAAAGAGGUGAAGAACACAUUCAUCACGGCUCUGAUGGAGGUUCAGAACAGGCAGAAGGAGCAACGAGACAGCAGCAAACGCCGGCGCCGGGACAAAGCCCUGAGCCUUCAGGGGGGAGGGAUGACAUCUGUGAACGGAGGGAGUACCGGCUCCACGGGCCCCACGGAGAAGACAGGGAGCAUGCCUGUAAAGCGUUUCAGCAUGGAGGGACUGUCUAACAUUCUGCAGACGGGCAUCAGACAGACAUUUGGAAGCACAGGAAAUGAGAAACAGUAUCUAAACACAGUUAUUCCAUAUGAGAAGAAAGGCACCCCUCCAUCUGUCGACGACCUGCAGAUGCUCACAAAAAUUCUUUAUGCCAUGAAGGAGGACAGUGAGAAGGUGCCUACACUGCUAACCGACUACAUACUGAAAGUCUUGUGUCCUACCUAAAGCACCACCAGGCCAGGGGCCGCAGUGUGAUGAUGAAUUCUUCCCCCGAGGGAUUUUCCAACCCUCCUCGCCUCUGGCCCGAGCUGCAUGACCUCCCCUCUUUGACCAUUAUCAACCAUGGAUCCUCACCAUCAACAUUAUUGUAUUCACCUCAACUAUGACUACUGCCUUUCGCUGAGCUCACCUUCUCCCAUCCUACACAUUAAGCUCAGGCCUGACCCAAAAUGGCCUCCAUCUGUAUCGUUAAACAAAUGGAACGGCCAAUCCCACUUUUAAAGGACUUCACUAAUGGAGCAUGACAUGCUAUCAAAUAUCACUACACCACUUUGGUACAGGGAUACAACGUUAUCAUUGCUUUCUUGUCCUUCUUUUCUUUCCUUUAUGGUUUCUUUUUUAAUUUUCUUUGUUUCCUCUAACAGAAUUUUAAUGUUGCCAAGUUUUGACACUUAUUCAUAAACUGACCUGUUGACCACUGGGUUGUUGAUUGAUUGUUUUAUUCAUUGAUUCAUAUGGACUACAUUGUAAAAAACACGGAAUGCCAUAUUGCAUCCACAAGUGAUCAUCUCCCUGUAUUGUUUCAGAUGAAAACAGUGAUUCAUUUGAAUACACAAGCCAUGCACCUUUCUCUGCCAACUUAGUACUGUAGCUCCACGUGAAUGAAAAGAAACACAGGACUAUUACGGGUGCAGUGCAGUGCAUUACAAAGCCUUUUUCUCUUUUUCUUUUUGCUUCACUAUCUGAAUAUCCAGUGCUCUUCUGACUUUUUUGAAAUUUCUUUUAACUUCUAUCUAAAUAUUUGAUAUAAACUCUGUUGCUGAUUUUCUACUAUUAUUUACUGUGUCAUCAGAGCAGCAGGCUUCUGUGCAUUCCACCCCGUUCAGCCACAUGGAGGUGUGUCACUGAGUUUUCCUUGGAAAGAUCAUCCCCUGAUGAAAUGAGCUCAUUUCAGUAAAGGUGUGCAUAUUUGCAUAUUAGCAUAUUUAUGACUUCCUU